UUUUGUCCCCCAUCACUUACAAUGGAGGUGCAUUAGGAAGGGAUCUCUUUUCGGCUGGCAACAGAAUGAUUAUGUCAAGCAAAACUGUUUCUGUGUUGAUAUGGGCACCUGAGCAGUUAUUGAUCCUGCAGCAAAUGUCUGUUGGUCUUUUUGUUUCUGCGUCUGAAUUUGUUGCUGGAGCGAAAGUACACCGUCAAAAGUAAAAGCAGUCUAUGAAACACUACAUCCUGAAAAUCAGUGAGUAUACCUAAAUAAUGAAUUAAGUGCUUUAUGCUUUAUGGUGAAAAGCUGUAAUAUGAAGUCAAAUUGGUCAUUAUGUCUUAUUCAGAAAAUGACUGAAAGCCCAUAUUGUCCAAUUAAUUAUUUCCACGACACUUGUGGUCCUCCAUACACUAGCACUAUACUUUGUAUAUGUAGUUUUCUAUUGAUGCUCAGUGAGAAUUUAAUUAAUGAUGUAAACUGCUGAAACAAGGAAGAAAGAAUAUAACUUUACUCAUCAACCUGAUAAUGAAUGACAAGUUAAAUAUUACUAAAAUAACAUGUCAUCUUUAUAUGCAAAAUAUACCUGAACUGGCUAAAUUUUAGUUUAUUUUCAGGUUUGAAGACCUUUCUGAAUUAAUUCUGCUCUUUAUGUACAGCCCCCAACUAUUUUCCAGCAGAAAAUUCUUUCCCUUCUCUUAUAAUUCUGCUUGCUUAUUUGUAGUUCAUAUAGUUACUCUGAGGCACCUCAGCAGGGAAGCUUACCAUCACUAAAGUCAAGGCUAUUAGGUAAUUAAGUUGUUACAUGGUGCCACCAUGUGGCCUUACACACAUGGUUUCUCUUUUCCUGCCUACAGCAGAAAUACCGGCCGGCACAACAACAGGGGCCAAUUAAGAUUUUUUUUUUACAUUUCUGAGAGAUUAUAUGUAAAUCUCAGUUAAUAUGUACUAACUUUACAAUGUAAUUGCAAAGUUAAACGCUGCACUGUUUCUGUGUGGUGAAAUGAACCCUAAACCUAUUUGACAGUUUUUUUCUGCAGGGCCUCUUUAAAACGUUUGUCACUGUGACAUUUGGGAACCCCAACUAUCCCAUUGUAAAGUGUGCCAAAUGUCAGAGUAUGAGUGUCAAAUUUCUUACAUUCUGACAUAUGACACACUUUUGAAUGGGGCGUUUGGAGUUCCCAAAUGUCAAACAUUUUUUCAAGUGUCACUAUGGGACUUGCCAGCCUAUGUACUUCCUAAUAGACACCUGCAAAAAAAGUAUGCGGUUUGGCAUGGAGAAAUAUCAGUUAUUGCUGGUGAGAAUCAACCCGCUGGGAAAAAAAGAUGCAAGCUGCAAAGACGGCCUCAGCAAGGAAAAGGCCUGCUGAUUGCAGACAGGUCUUCUUUACCCAGCCGUCUACACUCUCAAGGCCCCUCCAGGAGGAGCUGAUGAUGAGGCAGCUCCCACUGAAUGACUCUUCCAAAGAAGUCAAGCUGCUGCCCUGUGUGUUGCAAGAUGUAUUCUGCUAUGUCAAAUCACAUUCACAGGUUGCACAGGGUGGCGAACGUCCAGGAGAGGAAGCUCCUCCUGAACCUUGCCACAAAGCGGGUCAACAUCAAGGAUGCAGCCUGUCCAGUCUUGGGCUGCUCGUACAAGAGCACGACACUGGACAGGCACAUGAUCAAAAGCCACCCUGAGCUGAGGAAGCCAGAGAAGGAGAACUAUAUGGUAAGGUUAGGAAGGAGAGAACUAUUUCUCUCCUGGCUGCUCUGAGGCUGACUAAUCCGUCUGCCUCAAUGGUCACCACAAUAGCCCUGGAGGGGGAUGCAGUGCACAUGGGUGGGACCCCGCUGGAGGAAGAGCCCAUGUGUACUGACCCUGAGUGCCGGAGGCAGCUGGAAAGCCGGGUUUGGGCCAAUAAAAAAUUGAUGCCAAAAAACAAGAGGCUGGAGAAGGAGCUUGCCAUCCUGCAGGGAAGAUAUAAGCAACUGGCCAAAAGAAACUGCCGCCUGAUAAGGGCAGCUGGAAUGUCUACACUGCAUGCUAGGGCAGAGGACACUGGGGCUGGAGAGGAGGUGGGUCUGAGCAUGGAUGGUGCAGGUAGCCGAGAUUGAAGUGGCAGCAGAGGUGGAGGGUGGGAGUGAGGAGGCAGGGUCAAGCAUGCCGGCUUUGCCCAAAAAAGAAAAAAAAAACAUGCACCGCCUUGUGUUCUUCCACGCCACUUUCAGGUACUUGUUCAGGUUUUUUGAAGGGACUUUGCCUUUGGUGAAGAGUAUAAACUUGUUUUGUUCCUUCUCUUUGACUGCAUGCUAAAUUGCCAUCCAUAUCUGGAGCCAAGAGAACUCCAAGGCGUCCAGAAACAGUUCAGCCUCACCAAAAGACUUGUUUGUCUUGCGGUCACUUAUCUAUUAUGACACAGAGAGGUAGAGAAGGGAGAGAUCACAGGAAGAUUUGAAUAAUAUACAAUGUUUGAUUAGAUCCCCCCAACCAACAACUACAUUGUACCAAAGCAGACAUAUGUGCUAACCAUAAAAGCAAAUACUGUCAUAAAAUCUUAAGUGGAAAUUUAAUAGAACUUUGUCCAUUUGAAUGGUAUAUGAAGUCACUGUCCAAAUGGGAGCCCAGACCACCCCACCCAAAAGUGUGCCAAUUGUCAGAAUAUAAGGGUCAAAUUCUUAUAUUCUGACACUUAGAAUACAUGAAAACCGUGAGUCUCCCAGAUUUUUUGGGGCCCUGCUAGGGCGGGAAGGACUUUGUCAUUUUGGGAUCGUUUUUUCCCUUGAAGCUGAAUGGCCAGGGUUGCCAAACGUCAGAGGGUCCCUGUUUCUAAGAAGAGGGUGUGUAACACAAAAAAUGGAUAAAAUGAGUAAAUAUUCAAUUUACCAAAUUUGCGGGUAAUACGACCACCUUAUUCAUUUUACCCAUUUUUCGAGUAUUACCCCCUCCCCUUAUUCUUCAAAUGAGGAAUGUUAGAGUAAGAAAACCAUCACAUUUGUAACAUUUCUUAAUUAAUAAAUCGUUUAAAUCUGAAAAAAAGAAUCAUUCUCUGUUGAUUGAUGUAUGUAGAGAUGCAGUUUAGUGAAGAUCCUUUUUUUCUAUUUUGUGUUUUAAAGACAAUAAGUAGUAUAGUAUACAGUGUAAUUGCAAAUAGCAGAUUUGAGAAAUGUUUGCAAUUUAUAACAGUGUAUUGGAUAGUAUGGAGCUGUGAUUGGCAAUUUGAUUUCUUCAUAACAAGGAGACUGUGUAUGUUGAAGAGUCAACGUGGAGGGCAUAAAGAUGGAAAGAGCAGCUUUACCACUGUAAUAGGAUCAGCACCCCUCAUGCUCCCACUCACUUCAGUCUUCAUUACCACUAGCUUUGAGCUGGAUUAUUGUGCCUUCGUGAAUCCUCUUAGAGGUGGAUUAUGGGACUAAGAUGUCUACACCAAGAGAAAGAGAGAGAGAGUGACGGAAGGAGAGAGACAGAAGAUGAGCAUGAGGCACACAGAGUGAGAAAGAAAGCGAUACAGAUAGAGCUACAGGGAAGGAGAAGAAAAUGGAGAGAACCCCUCGGCCCGAAAUGGGCCAGGAAUGGGGUCAAAGAUUGUCUGUGACUGGGGGAGAGCCAGCAGAGCCUCUCAUGGUGAAGCACCUGAGUCCCACCCCCGCUCUCACUGACAAGGCAGGGACAGACUAACACAGUGGCAGCAAUGUCUCUCCUGUCCUUAACCAACCCUCCCGGCUGGAGCGUGUGCUCUGCUCUCUGUAUCCUCAUUGUGUUGCUCCCAGAGGCCAAAGUAGACACCACUACCAAUCAGCGCAAUGGUGGGGGUUCCCAGUGUGGGGAGUACAGUAACCAGGUGAUGGAUGAUGGGAUGUGUCGACUGGUGGCAACGCUGCCUCAGCUGGACGAGCAGAGAUGCCCUGAUAUGUUUCGCUGCACAGAUGAAGUGUCCUACUGGCUGCAGGAGAACGAGGAAAGAAAACAGCAGAUUGCAGCUUUGAAGGAGACCAUCUCUGAGCUGCAGGAGGAGCUGAGGAACCACCGGCAUCGCAUCAAAGUCCUCGAGCUGCAGAGUGAGGAGAGGACCCAUUUGAACAUCUCCUUGGAACAUCGUUUUCAUGAGUUGGAGGUGCACUACACUGAAGCCACGACCCUGCUGCAUCUACAGGGCACUCUGAUCCUAGACCUCCAGAACCAAGUCCAUAAUCUGACGCUUUUGGUGGAUAAAGUAAAAAGAAGUCCUGGGUGCUUGAUCAACAUUGUCCGUCCCAAUCCUCUAAUGAGUGCUCAAGAGGCCCUCCACCCAGAGAGUCAACAUAUGAGGAACUGUCCCAUAGACUGUGCGUCCAUCUACUACAAUGGAGUGAGGAGAUCAGGCCUCUACACAGUGGUGCCUUCGCUCGCAGGCAUGCCUGUGGAGGUCUAUUGUGAUAUGGACACAGAUGGUGGUGGCUGGACUGUGAUCCAGCGGCGAGUUGACGGCUCAGUGAGCUUUGACCGCACCUGGAGGGACUACAGGGAUGGCUUUGGUGACCUGCAUUCAGAGUUCUGGCUGGGCAAUGACCACAUACAUGAGCUGACCACCCAGGGAGACUACAACCUCCGCAUCGACCUGGAGGACUGGAGCAACAAGCACAAAUUUGCCCUCUACCAGAGCUUCAGUUUGGAAGAUGAGGAGCAUCAGUACCGUCUCCAUGUGUCAGGCUUCAGUGGCACAGUUCAGGACUCUUUUAGCUGGUACCAUGACAAGCUGGGUUUCAGUACGCCUGACAGUGGCAACAUCUGUGCCGAGAUCUCACACGGCGGGUGGUGGUACAACCAGUGUUUCUACGCCAACCUUAACGGUGUCUACUAUAGGGGAGGCCAUUACACCCCUAAAGGCCGGGGGCCGCUGGGUCCUGACGGGAUUGUUUGGUACUCCUGGAGAGAUUCUGACUAUUACUCCUUACGCAAAGUCACCAUGAUGAUCCGCCCACGCACCUUCCGAACUCGUUUGUCCCCCUGAACCAUUGUCACCAUGACAAUGGUUAGGACACAGGAACUGUAUCAUGAGCAUCUCACUGGGACACCAUAGUGAUAGUGACGUCCAGUGAUCUUUUUGUUGUCAGGAGGAAGUGAAUGUAUAGCUGUCAACAACAGCUUUUUUUGUAGUGAGUACACCUACAGUACAACGUAACCUCUGGAAAUGGCACCUCUCCUGCUAUUUUUGAACUGUGCAUGUGAAAAUGUGGCUGAUAUGCUCAAUAUUCCAACUAUUUUCUGCGUAUUUUUGGAAACACAAACUUACUGCAGAACUGCAGAGUUCCAAUUGGGACAUGGACAUUUUUCACUCAUUUGUGAGACGUUAGCUCUGGACAUUUUUCAUGUCUGUGUCAUGGGAAGUGAGUUCUUCCUUAUUUUGUACUUCUAUUUUGUACCUUUAGUUUGAUACUUUGACACUUCACACACUAUUAGCAACUUAGCCAAAAAUAAAAGGUCACAUUUGUGUGAUAUGUUGACAGAGUGAAGGGGCUUGUGGUUUCUACCAGCCACUGAGAGGUGAGACUGCUUAAUGAAUGCUCUGCAUAUGAUGUAUACUUACUGCAUGUACUAUUUAAUAUUACUCCAUUACCCUAUUUUCAUCAUUUUGAAUUUCAGCCCACUCUAAAUUGAAUUCCUUGUGUAAAUUCAUAUUAAAAUAUAAAGUGUAUUAAUGCUGUUACUGAAGUAAGUCAUGAUACAAGAACACUGAACUGUAUUCGAUAUGACCCCAAAGUGUUGUGUGAGGACUGUGUAUACAUACAUAUGUGCUGUACAAUAAACACUAUAUAUACCAUGUAUCACAUAGGACACCAUUUCAUACGGAGAGAAUGCACAAACUUCAACAAAAGGAUAUUUGUUGCAAAGUUGUUAUUUACAUUCUUCACACAGGGGCUCAUACAAACCUUUAACUGGCAGAUGUUGACCAGAGGUGAAGUCAAUAGGCCAAAUGAUACAGAAAACAGACCACAGCAUUGCAAUUGGUUGACUUUUAACUCUUACACAACCAGAAAAUAAAAUUACCAUUGUUUUACAAGAUUUUUAUAGAUGGUAUGAGUUGUUUUUAUUGCAUAAGAAAAUUUAAACAGUGCAAUCCACAUCAUGAUUUGAUUGAAAGUAGCGCAACUAACCCUGAACACAACAGUACAAAAACUGAAAGACAUUAUAGUGUUUGGUCUGUCUAGUGUUUAAGUUCUCUCCGCCUAACUACUUUAUGUGGGCUACACAUCCAGCUGCACCUGAUGCAAGCGAGAGCUGAAUGUGGGGUAAAAGGGCUCUUUCACUUCCUCCACUACAAGACUGCACAAACACACUCUUUGACCCUUCGCACAGGCUGCCGACUCAUUCUCAUUCCUAUCCAUCUCUACGCAAGAAUCUGCUUAAGCGAAUAAGGGCUUUACUGUGAGUGAAUCAGAGAGUGCGUA